AUGCAUGCAGUGGAUCCUUCCAAGACUGGUUCGACCAACCUGGAUGUGCUCCUCUACUGCUACUAUGGAGGGCUGGUGGAGACCACCAGGCGGCGCUACGCUUGCGCACUGUGGUUUUUUGAAUGUGCGCUCUCUGUGCCCUCGGGGGUGGUCAGCGCCGUCACCAUAGCAGCCGCCAAGAAGUGGAUGCUGUUGCAUGUCCUGCACAAGGCGAGUGUUGGUGUCCUCCCCAAGAGCGCGCCGCCCAUCCUCAGCCGCACCGUGAAGUCCGAGUGUGCCCUGUACCUGACUGCUGGCCGGCACCUGACAGCGGUGGGACCCCUCCCAGACCUUGCCUCCUGGCUGGAGACGUCGGCGCCUGCCUUCAUCCAGGUGCUGAAGCGCAUGGAGAGGGGGGACGGGAACUGGGGACUGCUGCAACUGGCGCUGCAGGCCUCCAAGGCGAGGGCGGUGCGCAGACUGACCAAGGUGUACACCACCAUCGCGUUUGAGAAGGCUGCAGAGCUGGUGAGGGCUCUUUUCCUCUGCCCAUGUCUUGUGAAGUGGAUGUGA